UGUAGUUGAGCUGGGAACUGGCUGGAUGAUGCGGGGUUUGAAUGGGGGGUGCAGCGCCCAAACUAUUUGUGAGUCCAAGAUAAUUAUGUAAGCGUUGAAAGCCAUUCGAUCCACCCUGUACAUUCAAUGUUCCAACUUCCAACAAUUCACAAACAGAAAUCUCCCGUUGAUGGUGCAAUACAACCUUCAUGUUAUGAAAUUCUCGUUUUUAUUAGAAUAAUAAAAGAAAUUCUUUUCAAAAAGCCCUGAUUUGAGAUGUCCGCACUUAAUGGAGAAAAGAUCAGCAUCGUUCAUUGGUUCUCCGAUUUGGAAACGCACCAAUGCGGAUAUUGCAAAAACCAAACUGGGUCGGUUUCCUAUGGGAUGUGGGCUGAACGGCUUAAUGUGGAAGAUUACCAAAACUUAAUUGAUAGAGGGUGGCGAAGAUCGGGAAUGUACUGUUAUAAGCCAAUGAUGCAUCUAACGUGUUGUCCGCAAUAUACAAUCAAAUGUAGCGUCCAAGAUUUUAAAUUGUCCAAGUCUCAAAAAAAGGUUAUCAAGAGGUUUAAUAAGUUUGUCACCAAUGGUACAGGACAAAAGGACAUUGGUGAUGCAUCAAAUGUAGCAGAUGAUAGUACACCCCAUGAACCAAUUAUGGUUAGGGAGAAACCGAAUGUUGUGUUUGACUAUAGCAAGUUUGUAAAUAGUGACAUUAAAAUGGAAAGUAUUGGAGAUCAUAGUAAUCCGAGCUGUAGUAGCACAGUUCGUAUAGAAACUUCUUGUGCCAGAGAUGAUGUGGAAAAGACCGUUGUGGAAAAACAUUCAGUUGGGCCCGAUCUGUGCAAAGCACCUUGCAAAAAAGCUAAAAUACUGAGGAUAGAGCGAAAACAACAGAAAUUGCGAGCAAAGGGAAUUACCCUCGAAAAGGCACCCCCUGUAAAUGAAGCAAAAACUCUCGAAGAGUUUUUGAAUGAAAUUCCAGCCACUAGUAAAUACAAAUUCAAGACCAAACUCGUCGCUAGUGCAGAUAUUGAAAAUGAGUUAGACACAAUUAAAAUGAUUGAAUUUCAACUUUAUAGAAAGUAUCAAAUGGCCAUUCAUAAUGAUCCUCCGGAGAAAUGUACGGUGGCGAGUUUUACCCGAUUUCUAAUAUCUUCACCAUUAGAGAGAGUAAGAGUACGUGGCAAUUCAUCCGCGGUGACAUUUGGCUCAUUUCACCAACAGUAUUGGCUGGAUGACGAAUUAAUUGCCGUGGCUGUCUUAGAUAUACUGCCACGGUGUGUUAGUUCUGUAUAUUUUUUUUACGAUCCAGAUUAUAGGUUUUUGACACUAGGCACCUAUGGAUCGUUGCGCGAGGUGCAGUUUGUACAGUCUCUUUCGAAAAGCGUACCAGCCUUGAAAUUUUAUUAUAUGGGAUUUUACAUUCAUUCCUGUCCGAAGAUGAGGUACAAAGGAAAAUUGAACAGUUCAUUCUUAUUGUGUCCCGAAACAUAUCAAUGGUUUCCUAUAGAAAAAUGUACACCGAAACUUGAGAAGGAGAAGUACUCGAGAUUGAACGAUGACUUGGAUGCUCUGGAUGAGAACUUGUGCACAUCACGCGACAUUGACAGUAUUAAAGUGUGGGUCUCUUAUAGCUUCACACAUUUUGGUAAUUAUAAACGUAAAUAUGGAGAAGAGGAGGUCUUUGAGAAUAUAGGUCGACUAGUUGGUCGGAAAAAUGCCUCCAGUUUACUGUUUGUCAGUACGAAAGGGUAGAGAUUUUACACAAAAAUUCAUCAAGUAUUAUUAAUAUUAAUUGUUAAUAAUUUUUCGCUUAUUAAAUUAUUCAUUUUUAUUACUUACUGUUACUAAUAUAAUUUUGUGCAAAAGAGAUGUAUUUUGUUCACCAUAGCAAUAAAUGAUUUUGUGUG